AUGUCAAUUAUGCCUGGGAGGACUGCCGUGUGCGAUUUAAACUUGUUAGCGGCUCCCGUGGACGGUUCUGCAACCGUUUCGUCGAACCCGCUGAACUUCACAAGUGCGCCCAGCAGGACUGUGUACUUGGGGAACAUUGCGCCCGAGGUGACGCUGCGUGAGCUGCUGGACCAUGUGCAGAGCGGUGUUGUGGAGGAUGCGCGGUUGUUCCCCGCGAAGUCGUGUGCGUUUGUGUCCUUCGUGGACGAGAACUCGGCGCUGCUGUUCCACUCGGAUGCUAUCUUGAACCGGCUCCGGAUCGGUGACCGGGACGUCAAGAUCGGGUGGGCCACUGCGACGUUGAUGGACCCACUUGUCGCGACGCGGAUCCAAUCGGAGGGAGCCACCAGGAACGUCUAUUUGGGGAACCUCCCCGAUGGAGUCUCCAGAUACGAAUUGACUAAAGAUCUGUCCGUGUACGGCGAGAUAGAUUCAGUCAAGUUGCUCUCCUCCAAGGGUGUUGCCUUCGUGCACAUGGCUUCGAUCGGACAAGCGAUCCAUGCGGUCGCGAACUUACAACGUGACAACAAGAUCUACAGUGACCGGCGUGUAUCCUUUGGCAAGGACCGGUGCGCUUAUGUGACGAAGUUGCAACAGAGCCGUGCCGCGCAGUUCCUCGGGCUCCCCGAGGAGGACGCUGUUCGAAUGGAGCAACUUCGCGACAGGGACUUUGUAUCGAACGUGCUCCUCCAGCAGGCAGCGGCGACCGCUGCCAUUGCGACCUCCGCUGGUGGACCAAACAACUUGGGGAACCGUACAAUCUACGUCGGGAACCUGUCCGCUCGAUGCCGUAUUGAAGAGGUGUGCAACGUGGUCCGCGGCGGGUUGCUACAGAGCGUCAAGUUUCUCCCGGACCGACACGUGUGUUUCGUCACCUUUGCGGACCCUACCGCCGCUGCACAAUUCUACGCGAUGGCCUCACUGCAUGGACUUACCAUACAACGCCGCCGGUGCAAGAUAGGUUGGGGGAAACACUCGGGCCCCCUCCCGGCGCAUCUUGCAGACGCGAUUUCACACGGUGCCUCGCGGAACGUGUACUUUGGGAACGUCAACUGGCAGGACCCAGCGGUCGCGGAGUUCUUCGAGGAGAGACACCUGAGGCAAGCGAUGUCCCAUUUUGGCGAGAUGGAGCAAGUCAAUGCGGUCCCUGAGCGACGCUGCGUGUUUGUGAACUUCACGAACCUGGAGAGUGCGAUCGCUGCGGUCGAACAAGUCAAGAAAUGGCCGCAGUUCCAGCAACUCAAGGUCAAUUACGGCAAGGACCGCUGCGGCAACGUCCCCGUGGAGUCAUAG